CUUUAUAGUUUAUAUCCUGCUGGUUCUUCUAUGUUCUAUGUUCRCAAGCUAUCAUCAUGUGUCUCAAGCUAAAUUUCUUCAUUUUUACAAUCUUCAUAACCUUGUUUUUGGAUGGACUAGUYGCGCAACAAUGUAUCUCGAUGCCUGGGAGCCCUUUUGACGCCUGUACGGUUGCUGGAUAUAAUACUACUUUUGCAAUGCCCUAUGAGCUUAGUGAAGAARCAAAGAAAUUGGUGUCUUCAGGCUUUUCCAUCCUAAUAUCUGAGUUCGUAAACAAUAAUAACUGUUCGGUUGCUUUGAUGGGUGAGAUGAUUCUAUGUUCCGUCUACGCGCCCAGCUGCACGGAGGGGAAUCCCAAUCCUAACUUACCAUGUCGAAGAGUUUGUUCUGAGUUCUUGAAGAGAUGCCGUGAACGCAUUGAUCCAUUUUGGCUCGAGUACUAUGUUGGGUAUUGUACUCUGCUUCCAAACGACACAGCAUCAUCUGGACAGUGUUUUGAGCCUCAAGGAUUUGAAAAGCAUUACAAUGCUUCAACAACAGGAUUGCUCGAAGAUAAAUGUAACCGUUUGAUUUUCCCGUGGUGCCAGGGGAUUGGGUACGAGCAUACAAUCAUGAAAGAAUCGACCCAGAUCGCAACCUACGUCGACUUUUACAGGAAAAACUUCACCAAYGACUCCACAAAGGACGCUAUUAGUGAGAAGGGUUCAGAGAUCAGCUAUUGGAAUGAAAUAUUGGCAAACAACUCCAUGUGUGCAUCGGACAUYAAAAAAAUGCUUUGCGCGGACUUUUUCCCGCCGUGUUUCCCGGAUGAAGGAUUAUCGUUUUAUACGGUUUGUAAGCCAAUCUGCGACAAAAUAACUCGAAAAUGCCCGAAUACCAAAGGGAUUAAGUCAUUUGAAACGUAUUUCCAAUUCUGUGAGACUAAAGCUCUAGGGGAAUCUUCGCAUGGAUUCUGUAGGUACACGAAAUGGCCUGAUCCAAUGGGAUGGCUUAAUCUAUAUAAAGACCGUCGCCCUAAAGUAUCCCCAAARCCUCCAAGCAAUGGACUUAGCACCCCAAUCAUCGUUGCUAUAGUGAUAAUCCCUUUAAUAUCGAUUAGUAUUGCUGUAUUAGCUGUGGUGCUCUGGAAACAACGCAAGCUUCCUUGGUUUAAUCGGCUCUUCAAACGAGCAGAUGAUACGAGAGGUUUURCUAAAGAUGCUGAAUAAGAACGUUUUUGGUUGAGACUUUAUUUUGAAAUGACGGCACAAUAAAUUCAUUUUUWACUUUC